CGAUCUGUCAGAUAACCAGCUUAAUGGAUCUAUUCCUGAGAGUUUCUCUGAUCUUCCUUCACUUCAGAAAUUGUCACUCGAGAAUAAUUUGUUGACUGGUUCUGUCCCUGCUAUAUGGUGGAAUGUAUCUUUUAGUACAAAAGCGAGACUUAAACUUGAUCUCCGGAACAAUUCACUGUCGAACAUAUCGGGAGAGCUAAAUCCUCCAGCAAACGUCACCUUGAGGCUUGAAGGAAAUCCUAUUUGCAAGAAUGCAAGCAUACAAAAUGUAGGCCAGUUCUGUCGAUCCGAAGCUGGAGGAGAUGGAAUCCCUGAUAGUUCAACAAAUUCAACUCAAACAAUGACCUGCCCUAGUCAAGCAUGCCCAACAGAUAAUUUCUACGAAUAUGUCCCAUCUUCCCCAGUGCCGUGCUUUUGUGCAUCACCUAUAAUAGUUGAAUAUCGUCUGAAAAGCCCUAGUUUUUCUUAUUUUCCUCCAUAUAUUCAGAAGUUUGAAAUGUACUUAACUAGAUCUCUCGACUUGAGCCUUUAUCAAUUAUCAAUUGAUUCAAUUUUCUGGCAAGAAGGACCUCGUCUACAGAUGCAUUUGAAGCUUUUCCCUAUGUUCAUUAAUCCCCACUCAAAUACAUUCAACUUUAGUGAGGUUCAUCGAAUUAGAGGAGUUUUAACAUCGUGGGAAUUUCCUCGAACUGAUUUCUUUGGACCUUAUGAGCUUCUCAAUUUCACUCUGCUGGGACCUUAUUCAAAUAUGAUCGUUGGGCCACGAAGGAUGGGCAUCAGGAAGGGAAUUUUGGCAGCUAUUAUAACAGGGGCAGUUGCAUCGUUUGUCAUUCUUUCUGCAACUGUCGUGCUUCUGAUCACAAGAUGCUCGAGACACCGGGACAGACCACCUUCUAGGAGACAUUCAUCCUCGAAGAUUACAAUGAAAAUUGAUGGCGUAAAGGUGUUCACUUUCAAAGAAAUGACACUAGCUACCAGGAAUUUUGAUAGUUCAACUCAACUUGGACGAGGAGGUUAUGGGAAAGUUUACAGAGGUAUUUUAUCUGAUGACACAAUUGUAGCCAUAAAGCGUGCGGAAGAAGGAUCCUUGCAGGGUAAAAAAGAAUUCUUGACUGAGAUAGAACUGUUAUCGAGAUUAUAUCACCGAAACUUGGUCUCUUUGGUGGGAUAUUGUGAUGAAGAAGGGGAGCAGAUGCUGGUUUAUGAGUUCAUGCCCAAUGGUACCUUAAGGGACUGGCUUUGUGUUAAGGCCAAGGGAAGCCUGAGCUUUGGUAUGAGGUUACAGAUUGCAUUGGGUUCAGCUAAAGGCAUUCUUUAUCUCCAUAAUGAGGCAAAUCCUCCCAUAUUCCACCGAGACAUUAAAGCCACCAACAUACUUCUGGACUCCAACCUUAUUGCUAAAGUAGCCGAUUUCGGACUCUCACGGCUUGCUCCUCUACAGGAUGAUGAAGGGACCGGACCUUCAUAUGUAUCUACAGCUGUGAGAGGAACACCGGGUUACCUGGAUCCAGAGUACUUUUUGACGAGUAAGUUGACAGACAAAAGCGAUGUCUAUAGCCUUGGGAUUGUGUUUCUGGAGCUCUUGACUAGUGUGCUGCCAAUAUCACAUGGCAAAAACAUUGUUCGUGAGGUGAAUCUAGCUCAUCAGGCCGGGUUGAUGUUCUCCAUUAUAGACAGCAGAAUGGGAUCCUAUCCGUCGGAAUGUGUAGAGAGGUUCCUAGCUUUGGCCCUUAGAUGUUGUUAUGAGAAGCAAGAUAAGCGGCCAGCAAUGCUGGAAGUGGUGAGGGAGCUUGAAAACAUAAUCAAAAUCAUGCCGGCAGCUGACACCAUAUUUUCACCCUCUGCUGCCUCAUACAGUGACCAAUCACCAACCUCAUCAUCCUACUUGACUAGAGACACAUCCUAUGUGUCCUCCAGUGUUAUAGGAAGUGAUCUUUCCAGUGGUGUUGUCCCAACCAUCGUGCCUCGAUGAUGAAAAAUAUCCUCACAUGUUAGUCACGUG